GAAGUUCCGACGCGGUCACCCCAUCCAUCAAGCCAUCAAGGCACUUCACCUUCUGCGAAUUACCCGAAAAAGUGCCCUAGCAUAGAUAUCCCUCUUCCGUCGGAAGUCGCAGUGAAGCCCGAAAUGUCUGGUGUGAGGACUCGUCGUUCUUCCAAACGUUCGAAAUAUGAGGCCUCCGUAGCGGACGAAGGACCGCAAAUAUUCGGAGAUAUGGAGAAUAUGAAUAUGGGGACCAGCAGCGAAAGCAUCGACGAUCUUUUGGAAGAUGAAGUCAGUGACACACUGGUCUUGCCUUGGAGGGUAGUGAAGCGGCGGCUGCAAGCUCGUAUCACGCAGACUACGUCGUCAUCGCAGAAAGCCAGUGCCGCCCUCCCAACGACUUUGCCGUAUGGAUUUCAAAUCAGCCGAAAUCUGGCCUAUCCGAAAGCGAGUAUCCGGAAUGCCCUCUUCAUUCCUGGAUCGCCAGACCGAUUUGCCACCUUAGACACCAAUUUCAUGAGUAUUUGGAAGAAUGGGAUCCGUACAUCGAAAGUGCAGUUGGUCCCGCCGGACAAGAACGCAUCUGCCCCACUGGCCGGAUUGAGCAAGUGGACGUACGCAGCGAAGCUCAGGGCUUUGUUCAUAUCGACUACACAUCUGGAGAUAAAAAUGAUGACGCCAAGCUUCGGAGAGCUGGGAGCGGUUAGCAGCAACAAACCGAUCCUAAGCUUGGAAUACAAUGAGUUCAAGAAUGAGUUGAUUACAACUGGGACAGAUAAUGUUACGGUCUGGAACUUCAAGAAGACCGACGAUGUAUUGUACCCAUACAAAUUCGACGAGAUCCGACUGCAUAUGGACGAUUUUGAAGAGGACGGCUGGGUUGCUACAACUGUCUACAAUCAUGUCAACAACAAGAUUCUUGCCGCUGCCGGGAACGCUGUACAUGUGUUCGACUAUGGGACAGGGGAACGUCUGGAACUCCUCAAAGAGGUCCAUGAGCUCUCAAUCACGGCAAUGCUUGUGCUGGAGCCCUACGGAUAUUUUGUAACUGCUUCGCGUGACACCACAAUCAAGAUUUUCAAUCGUCAGUUCGGGCUGUUGCACGAGCUACAUGACCACACGCAGGCCGUGACUGGUCUAGCUACCGUUCCUCUUCCCGCGACGUCCGGAAGCGUUGCAUCAGUGCAGUCUGCGAUACCGUUCUUUCUGUCUUGCUCAUUGGAUGGGACAGUCAAGAUGUGGAAUGCGGAGACUGGGGCGUGCACCUACAGGUUUGAUGUCUAUUGCGUACAUCGCAAGACAUUGUCCUAACACUCUGCGCAUAGUCUACAGACCGCCAGUGAGUGCCUGGGGAUCUCAUGGCUGAAGGAGGAAACUUUCAUGCACUACGCGAAAGAUCGCAUCAGCGUUUGGACUUUGCAUCGAUUUUACGUUACAUUUACUCCCGUGAGGUGCGGUUCACUAGACCCCGUCGCCUUGAUUACUUGAG